GAAGUCUGUAUGAAUAUGCAACAGUGUAUGGUUUUUAAGGGUUAUUCCUUUGUUCACAAAACAUGCUUGUCGUGGCUUAAGUGCCCGAGAGCAUCCGGACGUCCGUAAUUCUUUGCUUUUUAUUGUCUUGUUAUUGUCCUAACUCUAGAUUUUUAUUACUCUAAUUGUAUUACUAUUUUUAUAACCAUUUUAUUAUUAUUAAACUUUAUAAAUUUAAAAAACCAAGUGAUUGGCGUUUUUCACAUUAUGCAAUUAUCAAAUCACUUCAGGUAGGCUCCAACCUCGCUGGCCACCCUGGUAGUGGUCUGCCUUGGGAAGCAGACCCAGAAACUGGAUCUAUUCUGUCCUCGCACUCCUCAAUCCCAAAAGCUUUCCCCGUUCCUGGGGCCGAACAACUCCCCAGCCCCUGCGGGCUGUGCUCGCAGUCGCCGUCCCCCGCCCGGGCCGCACCGGGCCAGCCCCGGUCACCGCGGAAACGGAAACGCGCGGGGCCGGGGCCGGGGCCGGGGCCGCCGGGAGUGGGGCCGCUUUGAACGUUCGGCUGGUUUGAACGUUCGGCCGCUUUGAACGUUCGGCUGGUUUGAACGUUAGGCCGCGGCCGCGGCUGCCACCUUCCCCCGCCUUGGCCCUGACCCGUAGCCUUCGAGGUUACUUUGUGUGCUUUCAAAAUGAGCAGUGAAGAUGAAAUAAAAGAAAAACUGGAUGCGGAAUUAGAUCGCUAUGUCAUGGCCAUGAAGCCCUAUGUCCUUAACCUGCAGAACAGUUCAGAAAGAGAAAGAUGCUCACUAUGGAUUAAAAACCUCUGCAAACCUUCAGAAGCAGGCAUAGGAAUAGUGGAAAGGGAGAAUCGAAACUUGUAUACAAAACUGCUGCUCCACGUGCUGCAGAGAGGAGUUCUAAAUGGUCCCUUCAGCCAGAAAUUAGAGGAAGGAAUGCUGAAAACUUUGCCUGCCUACAUGUCAGUUUAUUUUGAUGAACCAAGUUCACCAAAGGUUGGGAACAGCCGCCCUGACUGCUUACCUGAGUGGAUGGUGGGAGAGCUGGGAAACCAUGACAGUAAUGUAUCCUCUGUGGAGGACUUAUCUUCAGCAACAACUCCUGCACAUGGACUCAAUGAGAAGCCAUUAGUAAUGUCCCGUUGUCUGAGCUCUUCUCACUGGACAGAUGAAGAUGACCUAGGCACGUCACUGUCUCUGGAAAUGAAAAUGAAAACAGCAGAAGGUAAAUUUGAUGAAGAAAAAUUGAAGUUACAACAGAAGCACCAUGCUGAUGUUCAAAAGGUGAGGUGAAGUCCUGGGAGAUGCCAGGUGCCCCUGGCAGGGCUCUGAUCCCGGGGAUGGAGCGGGGAUCCCGAUCCCGGCGGCGCUGAUCCCGCCGUAAGCUCGGCAUCACUCAGUGCCUCUGCUUUGUUUCCUAAAGACUGAGUCACAGGCUUGGAGGAAGUUGGUUGACACAACUCUGUGACACAUCAAAGCCUCCUGAGAGGAUGUUAAUAUUUGGUCAGGUGCAUACUUGGCUCAUCUGUUCUCAAGGCCUUGGAGCAGAAGCAGUGAGCAAAGCUGAGAGUCUAAAGGAAACAGCUUUGUGAGAAGAAGAAAUAGUUUAAAUGCUUUCUCAUCCCUUGAGUUGUCAUCCCUUCCUAACUGAUGUUAGAAUUCCAUCUUUUGAAGUCAUUUAAUAAUGUUGGAUAUUUUAGAAAAGGCUAAAUAGUGUCGUAUUAAUCUUUAAGGACACAAAACGUUUAUUGCAGAUGGAGUAAUAUUGUUUUAAGAUGAAAGCUUCUGUUUGAUAAGAGGUUUGGGGCACUGUUAUAAAAUUUCUGUGACUUUAAUCUUUAUCUUAAACACAAAGUUUAAAUUAAAAUACUAUCGCAAAGUGUGCAAAUAUUCAAGCUUUUUUAUUUCCAAACUCAGCCUGUACAGAAAUGAGGGUGUAGUUACCCUCCUAUACUUGCUCUGUUCCAGUCCAUUGUUCCUUAGGAUCCAUGUGAGGAAUUUCAAUUGGUGAAGCACAAAAACUAGUGAAGUUCGCCAACUUAUUUAAAUAUUUCUUAAAUCUGCAGAGAAUUUUAGAUGCUUUUAAAUACUAUUAGCCAACAUAAGUAUGGAAAUCUUUUUUAUUUGCAGCAGUAGCACCAUGAAACUUCCAAACUCAACAAAAGCAGCACUAGGUUUGCCCAGGUUUAAAGAAAAACAAAAAAACUCACCUUAAAACAUUAAACUCCUUUUUUAAUCUGCUUUUUCCUACAUUUGUCUAAAUUAGUUCUUUGUUUAUGGCUUGGCAGUUGUAGCUGGAAAAGUGAUUUAGGUUCAAUCACUUAAUCCUGCAUGACCUGAAGACUUCUUGCAGACCAGAUGUCUUGUGCACUGGUUGUAGUUUGGAAUGUUUUGCACUUAUGUCACAAUAUUCUGAGUUUUCUCUGCAGACUUUGGAUAGAAAGAAUGAUGAAAUAGAUGUGCUGAAGUCCACCUACCUAAAGAAACAAAAAGAGUCUGAGGAUAUGAUAAGAAAACUGGAGAAAAAAAGGUGAUUUUUAUCCUCAUGGUUGUCUUCUGUGUAGUGGUAUUGUACUGCAUUUUCUUGUGUCUCUGGGCUUGCGUGUUCCUUCUGCAGACAUCCCUUUCUUCAUCAUUUGCAGCUCUUGAUUUAAUUUUUUUCUUUAGAUUCUGAGAUUCUUGUCCAAUUGUCUCUGCUGUUCCAACCCAAGUGUUCCAGGAGGCCUGUGAUCUAUUACACUAAACACAGGUUUUAUGAGCGUCACCAAAAAAAGUUUCUUUGAUGGCACUGAAAUAUUUUGGCCACUUCUUUCCAUUUUUUUGGAAUCUCUGACCCAAAGUUCAUUUUUUUAUACAUUCAGUACCUUUUAAUCAAACCACAGCGGGUUAUUUUUAAGACUGUUCCGGCCAGAGAUUUCAAACACUCUUGAAUGUGUCACGAGUACAAAACUCACCCUCAGAGUGGCUUGUCAGCAGUUUUUCAAUGUUUCUUUCAGAAUUCCUUGGAGUCCAUUCACACUAUGGACUAAACCACACUGGAAAAUAAUACAGAAGUUUGUUACGCGAUCGCAAAUAAUUUAGUUAUUAAUUAUUAAUCCAGAUUGGCUUGUCCGUAUUUAUAACAGGGGGGAGGGGAAAACAAAAUUCCAGGGGGGCACGGCAAAAUUCCAGAGGCAUAAAGACAGGAAAGAUAGAAAAUACGAGGGGGUAAAACCCACCAGAAUUUGAAGCAGAAAAAAUAAAGUAGAGUGGGAGGGAGCCCCAAAAUCCAAGCGGGGGGGGGGGGAGGGGAGAAACCAAACCCAAAAUUCGAGGGCAAAAAACCCAACCCAACAGCAAAAUUGGAGGGGGGGAGGGAAAUCCCACAAAAUUCGACGCAGAAGGAGGGAAUCAAUUUCAAGAGGAAACAAAAAAAACCCAAACAAAAAAAUUGACGCUGUUAGAGACACAAGCAUUUAUUAGAAACUAUAUGAUUAAUACCUGGUUUCUUUAUAUAUAUCUUGUGGUUUUACGUUAGCAUAGUCAUGAUUUUUCUGAGUAUAUUAAUAUGAGAGGAUGCCAUGGGCAGAUGUUUCUGUAUCCAGGGAGUUGGGAAUAUUUUGUGUGUAAUGUGAGUAAAUGAAGAUGAACAGGUCUAUUACUUUAUGGAAUACUUGACGACAUAAAACAAAGGUAAAAGUC